UAAUUUGACAGAAAAUAAUGUGCAGUUUUCACCACAAAGUUCCAAAUUAUAGCGUGACACAUCUGCUCCAUUGUCGUCGAACAUAAAGAGAGAGAGAACAGAGAGAGAGAACUCACAACCGAAUACAAUUGACAGCAAAAGCCAACUCCGCUGGCUCGCCACCGCUAGUUGACUCAGGGAAGAGAUCAAAUUUACUGCUCGCGCUUUUGCCAAGCCACAAAAUUUGACAAGAUGUCAGGACAGAGCCAGCGCUUGAAUGUUGUUCCUACUGUUACAAUGCUUGGAGUAAUGAAAGCCCGACUUGUUGGGGCUACGAGAGGCCAUGCAUUGCUCAAGAAGAAGAGUGAUGCUCUGACUGUGCAGUUUCGGCAGAUUCUCAAGAAGAUUGUAUCAACAAAGGAAUCAAUGGGAGAUAUCAUGAAAACUUCCUCCUUUGCCCUUACUGAAGCAAAAUAUGUUGCCGGUGAGAACAUCAAGCACAUUGUACAGGAAAAUGUCCAAAGUGCGGCACUCAAGGUUCGAUCACAUCAAGAAAAUGUUGCUGGUGUGAAGCUUCCCAAAUUUGAAUAUUUCAUUGAUGGAGAGACUAAGAAUGACUUGACGGGACUGGCAAGAGGAGGCCAGCAGAUUCAAGCAUGCCGUGCGGCAUAUGUGAAAUCUAUUGAGCUGCUUGUUGAGCUUGCUACUCUUCAGACAUCAUUCUUGACCCUUGAUGAAGCAAUCAAGACGACAAAUCGCAGGGUCAAUGCCCUGGAGAAUGUUGUGAAGCCACGACUAGAGAAUACAAUAACUUACAUCAAAGGAGAAUUGGAUGAGUUGGAAAGAGAGGAUUUCUUUAGACUAAAAAAGAUUCAAGGUUACAAGAGGAGAGAGGUCGAGAAGCAGCGUGAAGCUGCAAAGGCAUAUGCAGAAGAGCAGCUCGCUGAGGAUAUCGCUUUGAAGAGGGGUAUUUCCAUCAGUUCAGCUCAUGACAUGUUAUCCCACACGACACAGAAAGACGAGGACAUAAUCUUUUGAAAUGGAGGUUAGUUUGAUUUGUUCAAUUACAGUGUGUGACUUUGCUCCAUUCCUUGUUUUAUUUCAGAAGACCAUAACUUAUCUGGUGGAAAGGAUAUAUUUAUUGGAAUAAGAACCAUGUGUAUUCUUGUAUUUAUUUAUCCAUCUAUACACCUGGUGAUCAUGAUAAUUUUGCUGGUUCAGGAUUUCCUGAUUUAUGUCGAACUGCUUCUUUUGACAGCUCAACGAUGUAAUUGAAUCAUAUAUUCUCCAUCCAAGUUUUAUUUAACUAUU